AAGAUUGUUACAAUCAGUCGCGGCAGUCAUAUCGUCGUAAUUCAUAUCAGGUAAAUAAUAAAUAUAAAUUAAACUGCAAAAUUUUCAUUUCUAUAUGCCGGCCAGAGCCAUCAAUUAAAUGUAUCAAUCAGAAUUAAAGAAUUUAAAAUUGUUGAAAAAAUUGUUGAAUUAAAAGAAGAUGUCAAUUGAAGAACAUUUUUAGAGCACUAGAGAAAAAUUACUUCCGCGAUCAGCAAAUUUGGUGUGAUUACGGAGAAAGCAAGUGAAAGUUUUCUGAGUGGUGGUAUUUAACGUUAGAGGAUGGUAUUCAACUGAAAACAUUUCUCAUUUGUCCAUCCGCUUGCGCGUCCAUCUCGAAUCGUAUAAAUCGAGCGGUUAAAUUUUUCUCGCGUAUACAUUUUUUUCUCGCGUAAUUGUGUCCGACUCGAUAGUGACAACGAGAUCCGAAUAUAAAAUCGGUGCCAAAGCAACGAUGUUUAUGAAAGUGACAUUUCCUAAGUGAAAUUUUUAUUGUUCCGUGCGAUACGUGACUUGUAAAUCAUAGAGUUUUCCUGACUUGUGGUGCAGCACUAUUGUGUUGAGUGCUCGUUAAUUUAUAGAAUAUGGACACGCCGGAAUUCGUAGAAUUUGCCAAAGCAACUAUAAACUAUGUUGCAAAUUAUACCGAGACUUUGAGAAACAGAAACGUAUUGCCCGAUGUGGAACCGGAUUAUCUUAGCAAAUUAUUGCCAAAAGAAGCGCCUGAAAAAUCUGAGAAAUGGCAAGAAGUGCUCAAAGAUGUGGAGCAAUUUAUUAUGCCAGGGAUAACACAUUGGAAUUCGCCGCAGUUUCACGCGUAUUAUCCAACAGCUAAUUCUUAUCCGGCGAUCGUCGCCGAAAUUUUGAGCUGCGCGAUUGGAUGCAUUGGCUUCAGUUGGAUAGCUUCUCCGGCUUGCACCGAGCUCGAAGUCAUUACGUGCAAUUGGCUUGGCAAAAUGUUAGGUCUACCUAAAGAAUUUUUGUAUAGCAGCAAUGGUACGGGAGGAGGAGUCAUUCAGGGAAGUGCAAGUGAAUGUACAUUUAUAUGUUUAUUAGCUGCAAAAAAAUAUACAACACAUCAUAUUAAGAAUCUUCAUCCGGAGAUGGAUGAGGAUCACAUUAAAUCUAAACUGGUCGCAUAUACUUCCAAUCAGUCUAAUUCUUCAGUGGAGAAAGCAGGAAUUUUAGGAUCAAUGCCAAUGAGGUUGCUACCAGUGGAUGAUAAGUGCUCUCUACGCGGAGAAACUUUGAAGAAAGCAAUUCGAGAAGAUUUGGAGAAAGGUCUUAUACCGUGUUACGUCGUCGCUACUUUGGGAACUACUGGCACUUGUGCCUUCGACAAUAUCGACGAGAUAGGACCAAUAUGCAAGGAAUAUAACAUGUGGUUGCACAUUGACGCUGCCUAUGCAGGUGGAGCAUUUUGUUGCCCGGAAUUCCGUUAUUUGAUGUCAGGCGUUCAGUAUGCGGAUUCCUUCAACGUUAACGCACACAAAUGGUUGUUAGUAAAUUUCGAUGCCUCGGUACUGUGGCUGAAAGAUUCAAAACGACUUAUAGAAGCAUUUGAUGUUAACAGAAUAUAUCUAGCUCACGAUAAAGAAGGACUUUUACCAGAUUAUAGAAACUGGCAGAUACCAUUAGGACGACGUUUUCGUUCGUUAAAAUUGUGGUUUGUCAUGCGCAUUUACGGAGUGCAAGGACUUCAAGCGCAUAUUAGACAAACCAUAAAACUAGCACAGCUUUUCGAAAAUUACGUCAGGUCAGAUGAUAGAUUUGAAAUAGUCACUGAAGUUGUCAUGGGUCUUGUCUGUUUCCGUAUCAAGGGUGAUAAUAGUUUGACGAAGAAACUCUUAGAUCGUUUGCAAGCUAGAAAAAAAAUCUAUCUCGUUGUCGGCACAUGUCAUCAUAAGCUUGUAGCUCGAUUCGUCAUAUGCAGCCGAUUAUGUCGGGAAGAAGACAUCGCUUUCGCAUGGAAUGAAAUAAGCAGUCAGACAACAGAAAUUCUACAAGAGAAACUUCGUGAAGAAUCGAUCAGUGAUAUCGCAAAAUCGACGAACGAUAUUGCAACGAGAAUAGAAAAUUUGAAUUUAGAGACGAAGGAAAUUUCGCAGAAAAUAUCGUAAUUAAUCUUUGAUUUGCAAAAUUUGCAAACUGUUAUAAUAAUAUAUAUUAUUAUUUUUCAUGUGCGUGUGCAAUUUUUAUAAAUUCUUAAUUGUACACAGAAUUUGCACUCAUCGGUAUCAAUAAUGUUUUAAUAACAAAAUAUCUGAGAAUUAAUUAAAUAAAAAAGUCUUAAUAUAUGAAUAUCAAGGUGAUGAUGAUUUUUAAGUGUUCUUACUUAGAUAACAAUACGAAAACACGUAAAACACGAUGUAAUACACGUUUAAAUGUGGAAUCAAUUUUCAUGAUCAUACGCGAACGAAAUUAUAUUAUAAAUUCUCAUAAUUUGUGUAAUAUCACUUAUAUGUAUAGAUACUAAG